GAAAAGUAAACCUGUUAGUCUUCAGCCUAAACUACUUUAUUCGUAAUUCUAUUUGUAAAACUCAGCAGUGUUGAGGGAAUGGGACUUUUCACAAAGAAGGAAGGUGGGCAGAAGGAGGGUUGUCAGGGUGGAAGAUUUCUGAAGCUGAGUUGUGGAGGGCCUGGAUGCCUAGGGCUGAGGCCAGGUGGAGAAGCAUGAUCAAUGAAGUAAGUUGGUGGUUCCAAAACAGGCCAUCCUCCCCAUUUUGGCUAGAACCCUAAGAGUACCACAAACAGGCAGCCCUUGGAGAUUGUUUUGAUGGCAAUCAACCUUAGCUUCCUACACAGAAGUCAGUUUUCCUCCCACCAGCCUGAUGUAUUCCAGGUCAGCCUGCUAUCUUGCUUCCAGCCUUUCCUUUCCUAAGUGGUGGAGUGGAAAGAGAAAUGUUUACAUGGCCAGCUGUUCUAUUCUCUGUAAUACUCAAGCUUGUAAGACUCUGACACCCAUUUCAGUGAACUGCAACAGUUUACUGUAUUAUCGACACUGUUCAGAAAGUGGCCAGGGUGGUUCAAAGGCUGGAGAGCUCAGGCAGUGGCUGAAGCUGGAAAUGCAGGGAAAGGAGGCGGGAAUUCUGGUUCCACCAUUCCUUGCUAAGCAGCCUUGGGCAAAUUACCUUCCUCUCUGAAAAACCUGUGCCAGCUAUUUCUUAAGGUGGUUGUGAGGAUUAAAUAAAGCACUCCAUGGACAGCACUUAGCUAGUUCUGGCAUAUGGUAAGCUCGGUCUGUUACCUGAAGGGAACUGGAUCAGAACAAGGAACAAAAUUUUGCACGAGGACUUAAUAUUUUCAGUUCUGCCCUCUCUGCUUCUUGGUGGAGAAUGGAUGCGUGAAAGGGGAGAAUGGCUAGAAUACUCUACAUCACCUGUUAGUGAUCAGGUACUUUUUUUUUUUUUUCUAAUUUAUUUUAUUUAUUUAUUUUUGGCUGCCUUGGGUCUUCGUUGCUGCGCGUGGGCUUUCUCUAGUUGCGGCGAGUGGGCACUCCUCUUUGUUACGGUGCGCGGGCUUCUCUUGUUGCGGAGCACGGGCUUUAGGCACGCGGGCUUUAGUUGUGGCUCGCGGGCUCUAGAGCGCAGGCUCAGUAGUUGUGGCACACGGGCUUAGCUGCUCCACGGCAUGUGGGAUCUUCCUGGACCAGGGAUCGAACCCAUGUCCCCUGCAUUGGCAGGCGGACUCUUAAAACAACUGCGCCAUGAGGGAAGCCCCAAGGAUCAGAGUAAUCAAGUCAGAGGAUUAUAUGACUUUUAUCUGCCUAGAGAAGAACUCUGGAUCUACAACAUGGAGACUGGAAGAUGGAAAAAAAUUAACACUGAGGGUGAUGUUCCUCCUUCUAUGUCAGGAAGCUGUGCUGUGUGUGUAGACAAGGUGCUGUACUUGUUUGGAGGACACCAUUCAAGAGGCAAUACGAAUAAGUUCUACAUGCUGGAUUCAAGGUCUACAGACCGAGUAUUACACUGGGAAAGAAUUGACUGCCAAGGAAUUCCUCCAUCAUCAAAGGACAAACUCGGUGUCUGGGUAUAUAAAAACAAGUUAAUAUUUUUUGGAGGGUAUGGAUAUUUACCUGAAGAUAAAGUAUUGGGAACUUUUGAAUUUGAUGAAACAUCUUUUUGGAAUUCAAGUCAUCCAAGAGGAUGGAAUGAUCAUGUACAUAUUUUAGACACUGAAACAUUUGUCUGGAGCCAGCCUAUAACUACUGGUAAAGCACCUUCACCUCGUGCUGCCCAUGCCUGUGCAACUGUUGGAAACAAAGGCUUUGUGUUUGGAGGCAGAUAUCGAGAUGCUAGAAUGAAUGAUCUUCACUAUCUUAAUCUGGAUACAUGGGAGUGGAAUGAAUUAAUUCCACAAGGCAUAUGCCCAGUUGGCCGAUCUUGGCACUCACUAACACCAGUUUCUUCAGAUCAUCUCUUUCUCUUUGGAGGAUUUACCACUGAUAAACAGCCACUAAGUGAUGCUUGGACUUACUGCAUCAGUAAAAACGAAUGGAUACAGUUUAAUCAUCCCUAUACUGAAAAACCAAGAUUAUGGCAUACAGCUUGUGCCAGUGAUGAAGGAGAAGUCAUUGUGUUUGGUGGGUGUGCCAAUAACCUUCUCGUCCAUCACAGGGCUGCACACAGUAAUGAAAUACUUAUAUUUUCAGUUCAACCAAAAUCUCUUGUAAGGCUAAGCUUAGAAGCAGUCAUUUGCUUUAAAGAAAUGUUAGCCAGCUCGUGGAACUGCCUUCCAAAACACUUACUUCACAGUGUUAAUCAGAGGUUCGGUAGUAACAACACUUCUGGAUCUUAAGGCUUCAUAGACAGUGCCUCUGAUCACUUGCAUGGACAGCAAUUCUGUAAACAAACAUCAGAGUGACAUUGUUUAUAUAAUUAUGUGCAUUGUUGUAGUUUGCAGCUUUUUAGUUUUAGUGUGCAUGUGAAUGGCCUAGAGAACCUAUUUUUGUGUCUAAAGUUUACAAUAAAUGUAUUUAACACCA